CAUCAAACAGCGUUUGACAGCUGUACAUGCAUGGCCCAGUAGUACCUACGUCACAGCUAUUCAUCUUUUAGGUUCCUCCAAAGCAUAUCGUCACACGCCACAAAUCUCUAGUCAUAAUACACAAACCUUAAGCGCUUUCCAAGGAACCGGCAACUACUUUUGCGUUUUAACAGCUUACAGAAGGCAAUUGAUUAGUUCACAUGGCGACCACCACAGCGGCAGUAGAUGAGGCGGUGGUUCGACGCCUCACGGAGGCCAUCGCCGGAAUCAAGAGCCCAACAGUCACAGAUAUCGCUAUCACGCAAACACGCUCCUUGGACAGGUACCACCGCCUGCACAUCGCAAGUCGCCGAGCAGCCGGAACGCACGCCGACAGCGCGGACAUCGCAGGAGGACUGCGGGAGUACGCGCUCUACCUGGGUCGCGGAGCAUUGGUCAUGCUGACCACACGUGACGGCCCCGACGCCGCUGGCCCUGAGAUCGAGCCCACAGUCCGUCUGAUCCACGUCUUCCGCUUCUAUCGCCCCGGCCUAUCCGAGGCCGUUCUUCGCGGCGAGGGCGAGGUGCCCGGCCCCAU